CUUAAUGAACAUUUUUGAAAGUCAAUAUAUAGAUUUUAAAGAAGAUUGGGAUGGAUAAAGUACAAGUACAGAAGAAAAGGAAGAUGAAAUUAUUUUUGAGAUUGAGUAAUAUUUUAUGAAAUAAAUUAAGUGUUCAACCAAAAAGAUAGAAAUUUGAAACCAAAGAAUAGAAAAAAUAGUUUAUUGAAGAAUAUACAAAAAAAAAGAAAACUGAACUUUGUAAAAAUUAUUAAGCAUUGGGAUAUUGUAAAUUUGGAAAUGAAGUAUUAUCACUUUCUCUAUUCAUUAUUAGUGUUCUUUUGCACAUGGUUAAGAAGAAUUAUAACCAAAAAUUCAUUUACAUUAAAAAUAUAAAACUAAAGCUUGCAUUCGAUAUUUUAAUGAUGGAUUUUGUCCUUAUGGAAUUCGUUGCCAAUAUUUACAUAAUGAAAUUAUCAACCGCUAAGAAUUUGAAAUAUAUUUAAUAAGUUGUUACAAAAAAUAUGGGAUGAAACCACCUAUUUCAUAAAGUAUAUUCUUAAAUUCUAUUUAGAAUUUUUAAAGACCACAGAGAGAUUAGAUGUUUAAAGAUUUUAAUAGAUUUUCAAAAACAUGUAAAAGCAAGGACUUUCAAUUAAUCUCUAUCAUAGAUCUAAUUUUUUUAAAAAUUUAGAAAAUUAACCUAUCUCAUCUUGA